ACCGUCGGUUGGUUUUCCGACAACAUCUUUCAUAAUUUGACAACCCCGCUAGUACCCAUUCUGAAUCCAAAAUCAGUUCUAGUAAUCACAGGUUAAAAAUAAAUCCCCACCAAAAUUUACCAUGCCCGAUCAAGAGGUGGAGGCCAUUCCCAGUGUUGUAGAAUUAAACGUCGGUGGCGUCUUCUACACAACAGCCCUGACAACCCUUACUAGAGACACUGAUUCCCACCUGUCAGCGAUCUUCUCCGAAAAACCGACUUUGGCAAAAGAUGCCAAGGGAAAGUACUUCUUGGAUCGUGAUGGUGUUCUCUUCCGGUACGUGUUGGAUUUCCUUAGAAACGAAGCACUGGUUCUUCCUGAGGGUUUCAGAGAACGAGAGAGACUUAGACAAGAGGCUAACUUCUAUGGUCUUCCAGGUCUCGUGAAGGCAAUUCAGGAACAUGAGGACUCAAGCAAAUUAAAAGCGGUGACAACAAAGCGUGGCUACAUCACCGUCGGAUACCGUGGAAGCUUUGCUUUUGGCCGGGAUGGCCUAGCAGAUGUCAAGUUUCGCAAACUUUCAAGGAUCCUCGUCUGUGGAAGAGUUGCUCUCUUGCGGGACGUUUUUGGGGAGACUUUGAAUGAAAGUCGAGAUCCUGAUCAUGGGGUGACAGACCGUUAUACAAGCAGAUUUUUUUUAAAGCAUAGUUUCAUUGAGCAGGCUUUUGAUAUGCUACAGGAACAGGGUUUCAAGUUAGCGUCUAGUUGCGGAUCAGGGACAGCUGGAGGAAGUGCUGAGCAACUGAAGCCUGGUGUUGAUUCCGAAGAGAACCGCUGGAAUCAUUACAACGAGUUUGUUUUUGAACGUACUUAAAGGAGAUGAGUUGGGAGACAAUCAGGAGAAGCGACCUUCCCGAAUUGAUGUCCGGCGGAAACAAGAUUGAAAAGAUGUGUGAGGUGAAGGAACUGAUAAGGUGAUUGUUGUUAGCAGAAAUUAAAAGGGUGAAGAUGCUGAAGAAAGUAAAGAAGAGAUUGAUGAAGAAAUUCAAUAAGGUUUGCUAAGUGAUUGAUUAGAAGAAUUUGUGAAGGGUUGAAGAAGAGUAAUAAAGAUGAAGUGGA